GAUUUUGCUCAUCGUAUUGCCUACCAACACUUCGGGCUCAUUUAUGCCACACUAUGUUCAUACCUUCGUCUUGCACUCGUAGGUCAUGAACACCCUAUGUCGAAGACAGGCUUGUUUCCGAGCUGCGACCUCGCUACGGAGAGGAGCUAGCUCACCAAGGAGUCUGACGGCAUUCAUCUUCUCCGCUUGCCGACCACAUCCUACAUCCUCGGUGUGUACGCGGAAAUACUUUCAACAUUUGGCUCCUCAGUCGCAGAAAUCUACGUCUCAAACAAAGGAAGCGGCACCCGUCAAGAAGCCCACUAAAGUAUUGGCAGGGGAUGGCGUGCAUGUUCCUCGAGCGGAACAACGCCGGAACGACUGGAAUAUCAUAAAGCGUUUGGCGAAGCACAUCUGGCCUGAGAAUGACUGGUCGACUAGAGGAAGGGUUCUUGCAGGUUUUGGACUACUUAUCUCUGCUAAAUUGUUGAAUGUCCAAGUACCAAUCCUAUUCAAGUCGAUCAUUGACGCAUUGAACGUUGAAAUGACCGCGGAAUCGACAGUUUUUGUCGUCGCCGGAUCUUUGAUUCUAGGAUAUGGUGCUGCUCGUAUUGGUACUACGCUUUUUAGUGAGCUGCUGAAUGCAGUCUUUGCGAGUGUUGGUCAGAGGGCUGUUCGACGCGUUGCAAAGGAAACCUUCGAGCAUCUCCUGAAUUUGGAUCUGAAGUUCCACCUUGCGCGGCAUACAGGCGGUUUGACCAGGGCAAUCGACCGAGGUACAAAAGGUAUUACGUUUAUUCUGCAAGCCAUUAUCUUCCGGAUCGUCCCCACGGCAUUGGAAAUCUCCCUCGUUUGUGGUAUUCUGACAUACAAGUUUGGAUGGGAUUACGCCGCCAUCACUGUUUUGACUAUGGCCGCAUAUACUUGGUUUACUGUACGGACAACAUCAUGGAGAACUCGGUUCCGAAGAGAAGCUAAUGCUGCGGACAACAAAGCUGCGACGGUUGCUGUAGACUCGUUGAUCAACUUUGAAGCCGUCAAGAACUUCAAUAACGAGAAAUACGAGAUUCAGCAGUACGACAAACAUCUUGCGGCGUAUGAGAAAGCUUCAGUGAAGAUUGCGACUUCGUUGGCAUACUUGAAUUCGGGACAGAACAUCAUCUUCUCAUCGGCUUUGACUCUGAUGAUGUUCCUCGCUGCACAAGGCGUCGUCAAAGGUACGAUGACCGUUGGCGACCUCGUCAUGGUGAAUCAACUCGUCUUCCAACUCUCCCUUCCGCUCAACUUCCUCGGAACAAUUUACCGGGAGAUGCGUCAAUCGCUUCUCGACAUGGAAGUCCUUUUUAACCUGCAAAACCAGAACCAACCUCCUCAGGACAAGCCCGGCGCAAAGCCUGUUGAGCUUAAGGGCGGUUCUAUCAAGUUCGAGCAUGUCAAUUUUGGAUACCAUGAGGAUAGACCGAUCUUCCGGGACUUGUCGUUCACGAUCCCUGCGGGCAAGAAAGUCGCAUUCGUUGGCCCUAGUGGGUGUGGUAAAAGCACUAUUAUCCGCCUACUUUAUCGAUUCUAUGAGCCUGGAUCAGGGAAGAUCUCUAUUGACGGCCAGGACAUCACCGAGCUUCAACUCGAAAGUGUCCGCAGGGCGAUUGGCGUUGUCCCCCAAGAUACGCCUUUGUUCCAUUCCGACGUGUUGCAUAAUAUAAGGUAUGGACGUCUGGACGCGAGUGACGAGGAGGUCAUCGAAGCGGCGAAGAAGGCGAGAGUGCAUGAUUCUAUAUUGCGCUUGCAGGAGGGUUAUAAGACGAAAGUGGGUGAGCGUGGGUUGAUGAUCUCGGGAGGUGAAAAGCAGCGGUUGGCGGUUGCUAGGGUUCUGUUGAAAGAUCCUCCAAUCUUGUUCUUUGACGAAGCUACUUCCGCUUUGGAUGCUCAUACCGAGUCUGAGCUCAUGAAGAACAUCAACUCGCUCUUGCAAGAGAAACAACGAACUAGCAUCUUCAUCGCUCACCGACUGCGCACCGUCGUUGAAGCAGGUAAGCAUUCAUUAUUCUAUUUUUUUACAUCUUUUUUCACAUACCCUUCGCAACGUAUUUGCUGCUGCAUUCACGUAUCUUAGACCUCAUCUUCGUGUUGAAAGAAGGACAAGUUGUCGAACAAGGUACACACGAUGAACUCAUGCGUCGUGGAGGUCUGUACUACAGUAUGUGGGUUGAACAGGCUUCCGAUGCGUUUAACGAGUAUGAUAAGCCUGAGGAGAAUGUGACGGAGUUGGCGGAGAUAAAGCCUUAACGAUUUCGUUCACAUUCGUUCCCUUGUUUUUCCUUGCGAGUCUCGAUUGUUGUAUGUAGCUAUAUUAUAAUAUUUCUUUCUUCUCGUUCGAUGCCUCAAUACGAGUGCCCAUAGAUAUAGGAUGCUGCAGUUUCCGCAACCUAGAAUAGACAUGUAACACUAUGCACGAACACCCUUCAACGCGGCGAAUGAGUCAGUCGAAGUACUGUU